AUGGCGACUGGAAAAUGGCGGAUAGAUAGGACAACAAGCGCAGCGCUUCGGCGCAUUCUAUUGGUCAAUAUUGAUCACGUGGUAUUAAGCAAUACUAUCAUGGCUGCACUCAUAAAGCAUGGGCUGUCAAAAAAUAAUUUAAAUGAAAUUAAUUCAUUAUUUAGAAAAACUUCUAUCAUACCUUUUCGAAAUUAUGCCAAAAGGAUAAAACAAAAGCUUAAAAAGGUUGAAGUACCUGCCUGUCGCACAUUACAAUCUACAGAAGAAUCUUUAGCAUGUAAAGGAUUCUUGAGGUGUCACAAAAGUUAUCAGCCUCCAGCAGACUUAAGGAAUCGCUUAGAAGAUAUUUUUAGAAAUGUACUGGGCAGACAAGCUGAUAAGAAUGAACCUAUCCUAAAUCCUUCUUUAAGAUACAGUCUGUUGGUUGCAUGUUCUGAUGAAUUUAAACAUGGAAUUCCUAAUUCUAUAUUGCACAUGAUUAGGACUUAUGAUGAUCUGCUGGAGUUUUACCAGACACCUGUUGACACCACACUACCUCUUGAAAAAAUGAAAAAGAUUGACUUGCCACCAAACCUCCAGAUUCAGUAUGAACCUGUGCGGUUUUUACCCGAUGAGGACACAAUGUUCAAUGGUCAAACUGCAUUCCCUGAAAGUAAUACAUUGGUCACAGGAGUAAGAACGAGAAAGAAAUUUAAAGGACACAAAGUAACGGAAACCUGGAAUGUUUAUUAA